AUGCGAACAUUCGGGUGUCAGACAUACGUACUGACGCCUAAAGAGAAUCGACUCAAGUGGGAUCCAAAGGCUCGCGCUGGCAUAUUCGUGGGCUACGAAGAAGUUUUGAAGGCAUAUCGUGUUUAUGACAUCGAGGCGGGGCAGGUGGUUAUCAGCCGCGAUGUCAACUUCGACGAGUCCACCUUUGGACUUCAACUGCCGAUCACUGAUGAAGAUGUCGAUGACCUGGACUUCGAAUUGCUGGAUCUUGAUGACGAAGAGCUGCGUCAAAUGGAGUACAAGCAAACAGGCAAGCACAAGAACCGACUCAAUGAUGAAGAUACAGCAGCUCCACGACCGCGUGCAGUGCGUCAACGACCAGGACUAGAAGAGUCAAGCGCGCCGGAAAACAACUCGUCACACCAAGAAGAAGACGAAGAAACGAAGGAUUCUGGUGAUUCAACACCGCCUGUGUUUUGGCGUGCGAGUGCAAAUGCCGUUGAAGCAGCAGUGGACUUAUCAGAGCCCUCAACAUUUGAAGCAGCAGUAAGCGGCCCUGACCAAGUGCACUGGAGAAAAGCAAUUCAUGCAGAGCUCGAGUCAAUGCGACGUCGCGGUGUGUUUCGUGCAGCCAAGCUGCCCUACGGACAACGCGCCAUUGGCACAAAAUGGGUGUUCAAGAUCAAGCGCAAGGCGGAUGGGUCAAUCGAGAAGUACAAGGCACGACUUGUGGCCAAGGGUUUCCGCCAAAAGUAUGGCAUCGACUACACGGAGACGUUUUCGCCUGUGGUCAAGUAUGUGACGCUGCGAAUGGUGAUCGCAAUUUCCAAGCAUUUUGGAUGGCCUAUCGACCAGCUUGAUGUGUUGACGGCUUUCCUGUAUGGCGUCAUGAAGGAACAAGUGUUCUGCGUGAUUCCUGAAGGCGUCGAACUUGACACGUCGUACUUCGACCCAUGUCUCUACAUCAAGACUUCGGACGGCCAUUGUGUGCUUGUACUGGUCGACGUGGAAGACGUCUUGGUGACUGGAAGCUCGCUUGAGCUAAUUGCACGAACCAAGAACGACUUGAAGACACGUUUUGAGAUGACAGACAGCGGCAAGUAUUCAUUUGUUCUAGGGAUCGAGCUUUUGGACGGUGAAGAUGGCAGUGUGACUCUGUGUCAGCGCCGUUAUGUCGAUGAUAUCCUCAAGCGCUUUGGAAUGGAGGAGUGCAAGGCUGUGGCGAGUCCUGUGGAUGUCAGUUCUCGAGUGAUGUCAAGCAGCACUGCGAACAAGAUCGAUGUUCCAUGCCGUGAAGCUGUUAGUGCUUUGAUGCAUCUGACGACUGCAAAACGACCGGACAUUGCCUGUGCUGUGAGCUUUGUGUCGCGCUUCAUGGAGAAUCCCCAAGAAGAACACGGUUGCGGCCAAGAGCAUCUUUCGCUACCUACAAGACACCAAGAUGCAUGGAAUGUGCUCCAAGCCAAGUGCAAGGAUCGCCUUUCGUGGCUAUUCGGACGCAGACUGGGCCGGCGACCUUACUGA